CCGUCUCGUCACUCGUCAGCCUUUUUAACCUCAAAAUUAAUUCUAAUGGUUGUGAAUAUUGAAAAUUUGUAAAUUUAUGAACAAAUUGUCAACUCAAAACGUAAACAAAAAUUGCAUAACAAUGGAAUCACUUUUCAUCACGUCAAAUAAUUUCCAAUUGUCACCAGAAUGUACCUGAAAAAUCUGAAUCUUUGUGAAAAAUGAGUCAGUAUUAAUACAGCUUGUUAAAAUUGCUGAAAUAGAAAUUUUCAUGUGAUUAAUAUAUUACCAUGUUUUCUGUAUUACGCCUGAUAGUAAAAAAAUCUCUUGGAUCCAGGAAUUCAAGUUUGUAUUCAGCAGAAAACGUUUUUAGCGAAGAAAAUAUGAAAAGGACCAUUGCAAAGUUUGCUAGCAUGAAACCGGUGAGAAUGAACACUAAUCAACCAGCUAAAAAGGCAGCAGUUUUGAUUCCUCUUUGUGAAGUCAAUGAAAAAGUGUCCGUUUUGUACACACUAAGAGCAGCUCAUUUAAAGUCGCACAGAGGGCAAGUUAGUUUUCCAGGUGGGAUGCAAGAUGUUUCAGACAAAACUCUAGAAGAUACAGCUCUUAGAGAAACCAAAGAAGAACUGGGAAUCAGUUCUGAUCAAAUAGAAAUAUGGGGAAGUGGUAAAUUAAUAGUUACAAAACGAGAGACUUGUGUUAUGCCUGUUAUAGGACGAAUAAGAGGCAACUUGGACAUUAAAGAACUGAAAAUCAACCCAAUGGAAGUAGAAGAAGUUUUUACUGUACCGUUGGAGGAUUUAUGUAACCCUGCCUUCUUAGGAUAUACUCAGUUUAGGAAUUCGGCAUCUUUACCUGUUUUUCUUGGUGGUAAACGACGAAUAUGGGGACUCACAGCUUUGAUGACCAACAUGUGUCUAUGUUCUCUCCUUCCGCCAAAGGCCUAUUCACAACGAAUUAAAUAUAUAACUCCAGUGAAACCAAGUAAACCUUUAUAUCGAUAACGUCAAUUUUAGGGCUAAUUUUUUUUAUUAGGAAUUCGUCCUUAUGACCAAUCAUUUCUGUAUUAAUUAUGAAUUCAUACAACAUAUCAAAAUCUUUGAAUUAAAUUUUAAUUUUUUAUU